AUGUUUUCGGAUACCGGUUCUGAACCAGUAUGCUCUCAUUUACAAAUAUUCUUUUAUCAUUUAGGAGGUCAGGCAGUGGCAACUAGGUUGUCCAAACAGCUGAAACAGACCAACAAGAAAAUCAAAGGUCAUCUGGUUGAAUAUAAUGAACUAGGGGGACAUCAGACAGGCCUACCAGUAAAACUUCACUUUAAUGAUGUGAAAGAUACUGAUGCAGCUAUAUGGACAGGACUGCAGCUGCAUGCAACAAGUGAUGCAGUUCCACAUCGAGUUCAGCAGCAGGCAGUGCAGUAUUAUAGUAUGGUAAAAAGAGCAUUGGAAGAGCAGGAAAUGCUCAAACAGGAAAUGCAUUCAACUAUUGGGUGGUAUCACUUUCAGCAUAAUUCAUUGUUGGAAAUGAUACAAACAGCUUCAAAAGUAGAAUGUGCGUUUCUUGUUAAAGAGGGUCUGCAUACAGAAAUGAUGUUAAAAGUACUGUCAUUAUCUUACCAACCUUUCAUAGAUAUUCAAUUUGAAGAACACUCUGAGUUUUCCUCUAUGGUUGGUAUGACAAAAGUAGAUGAAAUCACCUACUCUGACUUCAAGGAAGAGGUAGCUGAGUACAUAUCAGAAAUAUCUUACAAUAUGUCUGAGAAUAAAGACGAUGAGGAGGAGGAGGAGGAGGAUGAAGAUGAUGAGGAAGAAGAAGAAGAAGAUGACGAGGCAGAAAAGGAUGAUGACCAAGAUGAAGAUAUGGAGUACGGUGGUGGCAGCAGUGAUGAUUAA